UUGACUGCGACUGCCACGGCGUACGGUCUCUCAUCAGUCUUCCUCUCUUCUCAUUACACAUCUUCUCAACCUCAAACUCAACUCUACUACAUCCAGUUCACACUCUCUCUUUCUCUCUUUAACCCUUCACAUCAAUAGUCACCAUGUCUGCGGUUCUACCGUCCGACAUAUUCAACUUUGAGGAGGGCGACGACAACCCCCAAACUUCACCCACCGCCACUCUGUUUCCCCCAGCCCUCUCCUUCCCAGGCUUCGACGAGUCCUACCUCUCCCCCACCUCCAACACCAACACGCUCUCGCCGCGUUCCUCGGGCCUGUCUCACCCCUCUCUCUCACCACCUGCCACAUCGGACAGUCCCAAUUCGAACCUGUCAUUCGCCACCGACGAGUAUCUUCUCAACUCCAACUUCCCAGCGGAUGAGCUAGACAUGCUCAUAUUCCCAGAGGACACUAAGCAGGAGCUCGACGCGCUGUCCAUGACAUACCAGCACAUCGCGCCCGUUCAGGUGCCGCAGUACCUCAAGCCGGCGAUACAACUCGACGUCAAGCCGCAGCAGCAACAGAUGAGCGCGCCACCACCUAUGCCUAUGGGCGCCAUCCAGCCCCCGUCGGCGCUCACCUUUGAUGGCAACCUCCAGCAGUGGCGCAUCGGCAUCCCGCAGGACCCCAUUGCUCAGCAGUGGUUUAUGCAGCAGCAUAAUGUCAUGUCGCAGCCCCCCAUGCAGCACCUCCACUCUCCCCCGCAGCCGCAGGGACAGCUGCACCACCAACAGCUGUUCCACCAACACCACCAGCACCAGCUGCAUCUUCAGCAGCAGCAGGUGCAGCAAGUUAAGCUUGAGAUGCAGCAGUCGCAAGCGCCGCCGCCGCAGCAGUCAACGCAGCAGCAGCAACAGCAGCAAUCACAGCAGCAGCAGCAACAGCAAUCGCAGCCUCAACCCAUUGGGCAGCCCAUGCCUCCUCAGCAGUUGUCGUCUCAACCGCAAUCCCUGUCCGAGUCGACAUCCAUGCCUUCCCUCCCUUUGCCCCCUCCCCGCCGCAGCGCCCCCAACGCACCGAUCAACAAACCACCUUCUUCCUCGCCUCCAGCAAAUGUUGGCAAACAUAACAAGACCGAGAGGCGCUAUCGACAGAAGGUGCAGCAGGCCCAGGCCGAUCUUCGCGACGCAGUCCCCGCACUCCGCGUUCUGUACGGCACGUCGAACGAGGAACAGAAGAAGACAGAUGUCCGCGCCCCCGAUGGCACUGUGGAUGGCCUUGGCGAGGUGACUCGCCCCAAUGCCAGUGCAAAGGCCACUAUCCUCAUUGGUGCUCGCAUGUACAUCGAGCUCCUGCAACGUCGCACCGCGAUGCUGCAGCGCAAGGUUGCCGAGCUGGAGACGUGGCGUGCCGUCGUUAGCGGCCAGGCUGAGCUCGACGCCUGGCGCCAGGACUUCGAUAACCGUGAAGCCGUCAUAUCUGCUCAGCAGGCUGCGGCAGCCCAGGCUGCUGCCUCGCUCAACGACUCGGACGAUGUCGAGUCAGAAGAAGACGAGGACGAGGCCCCGACACGCAAGCGUGCCCGCACGACGAAGAAGAAGUCUGUCGACUCGAAGAUGGGCACGACCGGGAUGCGUGCUUUCGCCGCCUUUGCCGUAUCAUUCUCUCUCUUCCCUUCGGCUUCCAAGAUGUUUAGCCCCCACCCGAGCACGACUAUGGGGUCGCCUGUCUCGUAUGCUGGCGAAAUGUCUCGCGGGCAGGUGAUUGGAAGACUUCCUCUCAUCACUGCCGAGCACAGCUCUCGACUGCUUGCUAGAGCUCUGCCUGCUGCUCUCGUACCUGGUCCGCACACGCUCGUCGACUGGUCUGUUCGCAUAUUCAUCACCAUUGGUCUUCUUGUCAUCCUCGGUCCGUUCAUUGAGCGCGUCGGUAAGCGUUACCAGGACAAGGGUACCGGCGCCGGCAACGUCGUUCGCUUCUUCCUCGACAUCUUCCGCCUUUACUUCGGCGCACCGGUUGAGGUCACCGCCGAAUGGACCAGCUUGGCAGCGCGUAUCGUCGGUGGCAUUGUGGACCCUCCUCCUCUUGUGCGCUGGCAUGUUGCCGUCCGCCUUCGCAUGUCGUCGCGGGACCCGUACUGCCUCGCGCUGCUGGCUCUCAUGACGCGCGACGGUCAAGGGGCCGAGCACUUGUGGGCAGAGGCGCGCACUUUGUGCGAGACGGAAACCCCUCUCGGCGCCGUCCUGGCUUUGCCCCUGGACGAGGCCUCACGCUGCCUCGAGCUCGUCCCGCCCACAUUUGCACCUAUCGCUGCGAUCGCCGAGCAGAUCAAUCUUAUCCUUCUGUACGACCUCUACACACGCUUCUUCAGUCACCUCGUGACCGCCACUGGAGGCGCAACGGCUCUUCCACCAAUGCUCGCCAACGUGCAGAAGAGUGGAAUGGCUGGCGACCUCAAGUCGCUCGACCGCGAGAUCAAGAGCAUCCUUCAAAGCGCCCCCCGGCACAGUACAACAAGUUCGCUUGCACUUGUGCUACUCGGCCUCUGGGGACUGUUCUCAGGUUACUCCUCGCCCGCGUCCCUCGUGUCCGCUCUGGCAGAGGAGGAGCUUCGUGGCGGUGGUCCCCGGCUCAAGUGUGUGUCAGCCAUGCUUGAGCUGCUCUACCCCGGUAGCUCGUUCCCGCAGCGCUCGACAGGCGCCGCUGUCAGCGUCAACGCGGAGGCGAUCGACAACCUUGCGAUGACUUGCAUCGGCUUUGUUGACCUGCUCUUCUCGUCGUCGCGCUACAACUCGGCCGCCAAGAGCAUUGACCGCCUCGAGGCCAACUACCGCGUGCAGAAGGAGGCUGCCCGUCUCCGUCUUGUGCUCACGCAGGCCAACUUUGUCGGCCUGGACGAGGAGGAGGAGGACACUUCGAUUCGUUCCUUUGACAGUGCAAGACAGAAGCUGGUCGCUGUGUUGUCGGCUGUGGGCCGCCGGGCCGCCGGCCGGAGUGCGAUCAACGAUGACGAUUCGGGCCUGGAGGACGAGAUGGGUGAGUGGUAGGCGAUCAGUGACGAGUAAUAGAGUUUGUUUGUACAGAGUAAUGUAGCGGUGAGAACUUGUGCCAGGAAGGGCGGGGUGAAUGUUAGGACAUCUA